UAAGUCCAGUAAGUGGUAAAACUAAGAAAGAUAAAGCCCAAUUUAAAAAGUAUCUAGAACGAAUUGAAGAUCCUAAUUAUCAAGGUGGUUCAUGGGCUUUGCCAGAAAACCCAACUACUUCUGAAAAAACCAAAUACGAACUUUGUGAAAAAGUAAUCAAAUAUAAACGGAAUCAUAAGUUUACUACUGAGAAAUUAGCCCAAAAAAUGCAAUUAAGUAAAGCCGAAACUGAAGAUAUUCUUUAUUGUCGAAUUGAUUACCUAACCUUAGACCGUUUACUAUCUUAUACUGAUAAGUUAUUUGCUCCUGCUCAAGUAGAAAUAAUUAUCAAAGAACUAAAACCACGAAAAAGAACCAUCACCAAAAUAACUAUUACUGAUUACUAUCAAACUAAACCGGGACGGAAAAUGAUUACCCAUGAAUUAAUUGUGGAAUUAGUCAAAACCUUAGAUGGUCGCCAAGUUGAACCUGAACCCAAGAAAAACCCUCACGAUAGAGAAGUCUUUAAUUCCGCACUCAUUAUAGAAACUAUGACUCGUAAAGGAAAAAUAAAAACAGUACCCAAGGGUGGUUUUGGCAAAGGAAGUAGUAGAAUAACUUCCGGACAGUUCACUAAUGCUGAACAAAUCAAAAAUCAAUUCUUUGCUCAUGCUAGUUGUCAAAGAGCCGGUAAAGAAAGUGGUGAUGGUGGUGAACAUUAUUUAUCUAAGGAUAGUCAAGCCUUAGCCGAUUUUGCUAAUGGUAUUGCUAAUAUCGGUGAUGAGAAACAAAACUUGACUUUAGCAGUUAAUGAACAAGAGUUCAACAAUAAAAAGCAACAGUUAGUCAAUAAACUUCAAGAAUGCAUUAAUGGUCUAAAGUUAAAGUUUCAAACCGAUUUAAAUCAGUUGCAAACUAUCACUCCUAAGCAUCAGAAACAAAUAUUAGAACUAGAGGCUGAAAUUAAGUCAAUUGAGGCUAAGUAUAAAGAGAAUAUGACUAAUGCUGCUAAAGAGACUGAUCCGGCUAAAAAAGCCAAAUUCAUCGCUGCUGCCCAAGUUGCCGAAACAGAACUUAAAAAGGUUAAGCAAAAAUUGCGAAACAAUCCUUUAACCAAAUUAAUCCAAUAUAAUCAUCUACUGAAUUACACUGAUGAUUUAGAAAAAUUGUUCAAAGGUAAUGUUCCAAAACAACCGCCGACUGUGCCUGAAACGCCUUCUAAUCCAAACGACUCUGUGGAUCCUAGUGAGGGAACUAACCCUACCGGUGGACAAACUCCUUGA